GCGCGAGUUUUUGGACCUGCUAGCGCUAGAAAUCGGCCGCUGGCACAUCGCACGAAGCUAAGACGUCAGCAUCGCUGCGCAGCGCUGCGCCAGAGCAGCCCUGCGCCGCAGAUUAGCAAUAGCAGCUACGGAGAGCAUCCAUCACAAGCGAUGCCCAAGCCCCAGAAGAAGCGCCAACAUGUAGCGACCGAGGAGCCGGUGAAGGAAGGCCUGGCAAGAGACAAGCUCGACGACAAAGGACGGGAAGACAUCAAACGAAGGCUCACGACCGCGAGCGACGCUUUGAUAGUAACGCAGGAGGGCAAGGAGGCGUCGAGGUGCAUCGACGAGGCUGUGGCCUUCGUGCACAUGGGCGCCUACGUGAAGGCCCGGGGCUCGUUGUUACUCGCGAAGAAGUGCUUUGAAGACGAGGCCUUCCUCACGAAGUUCGGCCAGCAGCAGCAUGCGAUAGAUGAGGUAUUACGGGAGCUGCCUGCUAACGACGCCAAGGUCGAGACCGAGCCUGUUGAACAGUCGGAGGACGAGGUGGGGCGGUUUGAUCAGGAGCCGCAUAGCACCGAUUGUACCAUGGUGUUAGAGGUACCUGCUACUACUUCUACGGAGGAUGUUAAAGUGGUUAUAAAGCGCGACUUCCUGUCGGUCCAUGUCAGAGGACAUAAAAAACAACCCCAUGUGUUAUAUGGGUAUCUGUCGGGGAACGUCGAGGUCGACGCGUGUGCUUGGACUCUGGACGGCAAUGAGUUAGUAAUAAACCUGGAGAAGGAGACGGACCACCCGUGCUGGCCCAAGCUCCUCAAGGAGCCUGUGAAUUAUUGGGAGGACUCGCGAGGGCUGGAAGGUGAUUUAUCUCAUUUGAACCUCGCGCCGGACGAGGCCACGGCAAAAGUCUGGGUGUCGCGCGACGAGGCUAUUAAAUUAGCGGGGAGGGAAGAAAGGCAACAGUAAUACACAACAUUGUCCUUA